UGAGCUCUGGGCAAAUCCAUGUCAUGUGUGGAAAUCCACCAUUAAACCGUUCCAGAAACACUUCGAAUUGCGUGUAAAUCUUAAAGAAACUCCGAAUUGUGCCACAGUGUUAUUGGCUUGAGGAGAUUUGAAGAUAUGAGAAGGCUUGUUGUGUUGGCUCUUGUUCUGUGGCCGGGAUGGAUGUCCGGCACGAGCGCUCAGUUUCCACGGGUCUGCUGUACAGUGGAGGGCAUCGUGUCUAAACAGUGCUGUCCGGCUCUGGGGUCAGAUCCACACAAUGUGUGUGGAAUUCUGUCGGGCAGAGGAAACUGCAGCAGCGUUCUUGUGGACACUAAACCUUGGAGUGGACCGUACAGAUUAAGAAAUGUGGACGAUCGGGAGAACUGGCCCACCAAAUUCUUCAACCGUACUUGUCGAUGCUUCGGUAACUUUGCUGGUUACAACUGUGGCGAGUGUAAAUUUGGCUGGACGGGGCUGAACUGUGACCAGCGUAAAGCUCCUAUCGUGAGGAAGAACAUCCACUCGCUGAGUUCAGAUGAGCUUCAGGAGUUCCUCGAUGUUCUAGAUCUGGCCAAAACCACCGUUCAUCCAGAUUAUGUCAUUGCCACUCAACACUGGCUGGGUCUGCUGGGACCCAACGGAACGGAGCCAAAGUUCAGCAACAUCUCAAUUUAUGAUUUCUUCGUCUGGCAACAUUAUUACUCUGUUCGAGACACGCUGUUAGGUCCAGGACGGCCUUUCAAAGCCAUUGACUUUUCACACAAGGGUCCAGCAUUCAUCACCUGGCACAGGUAUCAUCUGCUGAGUCUGGAGAGAGAACUUCAGAAACUCACAGGGAACCAGAACUUUGCCGUCCCCUACUGGAACUUUGCUACAGGUCAGACGGAGUGCGAUGUCUGUACAGACUCUCUGCUCGGAGGACAAGACCCUGGAGAUCCGUCUCGUAUCAGCCCACAAUCCAGAUUCGCACGUUGGGGAGUCGUGUGUGACAAUCUGGAUGAAUAUAAUGAGCUGGUGACUCUGUGUAACGGGACCGGCGAAGGAUUUCUGCUCAGAGGAAUCCUCAACACAUCCAAUGUGACUUUGCCAAGCAUGAAUGAUGUGAGAAACUGCCUGACCCUCAGAGACUUCGACAGUCCUCCGUACUUCACCAACUCAUCCUUCAGCUUCAGGAACGCUCUGGAAGGAUAUGACAGGCCGGAUGGAGAGCUGGACAGCAGUUCUGUGGCAAACCUGCACAACCUGGUGCACCAGUUCCUCAAUGGAACCAGUGCAAUGUCACACUCCGCUGCCAAUGACCCAAUCUUUCUGGUGCUGCAUGCAUUCACUGACGCCAUAUUUGAAGAAUGGAUGAGACGUUCCCGUGAGAACGCCAGUUUCCCGGAUGAGAUGGCCCCCAUCGGACACAACCGCCAUUACAACAUGGUUCCAUUUUUCCCACCUGUGACCAACGAGGAGAUUUAUAUCACAUCUGAACAGCUGGGCUAUUCCUACGCCAUUGAACUGGAAGAAACAGAUAACAGAGCUGCUGUGUUUGUGUUGGGCAGUACAAUCGGAGGAAUAUUUCUUGGUCUGCUUCUCUUACUCUUGUUGUUGGUGUUGUACGUCCAGCAGAGGAGAAAGCGUGAGUUUGAGCCGCUUCUGACGGCUCAGUUCACUAAUGCAAAGUACACAGAGGAGGCAUAGUACAC